AUGUCUUCCUACGUCAUUACCGGUGUUUCCAAGGGGAUUGGUUACGAGUUUAUUCGUCAGCUAUCGCAAGAUCCGAACAAUACUGUUAUCGGAAUAGUCCGAGACAAGCUUUCCGUAGAGAAGAAGAUAUCUGAGGAUACAAUCUUGAAGGGACGUUCCAAUAUACACAUCUUAGAAGCCGACGUAACCGAUCACGAUGCCCUGAAGAGAGCUGCAGCCGAGACUGCCAAAAUAACAGGUGGGAGCCUCGACUACUUAAUCGGAAACGCGGGUUACAUCUCGCAUUUUGAUUCCUAUGAUCCACUCGGAGUAUUGGGUUAUGAUCCCAAAGGGCUCGAGGACGACUUAGGAAAACUUAUCAAUAUCCAUGUCGUGGGAAAUAUUCACCUCAUCAACUUAUUCAUGCCGCUUGUCCUUAAAGGGAAGGCCAAGAAGGUUAUAGUUAUCUCGAGCGGCUUCGCCGAUCUGGAUUUGACCACCAGAUUCGACCUGGACCUCAGCCCGCUCUACUCCAUUAGCAAGGCAGCGUCGAAUAUGGCAGUAGCUAAGUUCAGCGCCCAGUAUAAGAAAGACGGCGUCCUUUUCCUAAGUAUCACCCCAGGAAUGGUAGAAGUGGGCCACUACACAAACUCGACCCCGGAUCAACUACAGAAGUUGGGUGGGGGUCUCGGGAAGUUCGCCGAGUACGCACCUAAUUUCACUGGUCCGAUAUCACCAGAAGUCUCUGUUAAAAUGGUGAGAUCUGUUUGGGAUAACGCCAGCCUCGAAAAUGGAGAUAGUGGUGCUUUCCUUUCGCAAUAUGGUAAUAAGCAAUGGCUCUGA